GCUAAGCCUGGACUCAGAAUCCGGCCGCCGCCUUUUGGCCUGGGUCUGGGGGAGGCGCUCUGGCCCUGCCUGGGUCCGGCUGCGGGUCGCCAUGGCGCGCCCCGGGAGCUGCGCGUGGGGUCUCCUGGGUCUCCAGCUGGGCCUGCUGGCAGCGGCAGCGCCCCUGCCUUUGCGAAGAGACUCUCUGAGCGUUAACAUCACCAUCACUCCCAAGACGCAGCCAUGGUGUGAGGCUGAAGUGCAGGUGUAUGGGGAGCGCUGUUUUUCCUAUGACUGCCAGAGCCACGCGGUCACGGCCGUCUGUGUUCAGGGCAUGAAGGUGGAGGCUGCACUCAGGGAGGACCUGAGAGGAAAUCUGAAAGACCUGGCGGAAAAGUUCAACGAGAAGCUUCUUGACAUUGAACCCGAGGAUUCCCGAGGCAGCGGGCCCCUCUCUCUGCAGGCCUCGAUGGUGAUUCAGGAGGAGGCCAGUGGGCGCAGCCGAGGAUCCUGGCAGCUUGUCAUCAGUGGACGCAUCUCCCUGCGUUUGGACUUGGUGACCGGCCACUGGACGGCGGAGCGUCCUGGAGACAGGUGGAUGCUGGAGACGUGGAAGGAGGACAGAGACAUGAAUGCCACUCUCUGGAGGAUGUCCCGGGGAGACUGGAGGACGUGGCUGCAGGAGGUUGCAGCGCACUGGGAAACGCCGGGGACCACAGCACCACUGAGCACCACCCUAGGCAGGUCUGCAACCACGAGUGUCAUGCAGGGACCCUGGUUCGUCUUUGGGAUCAUCCUCGCCUGCACCAUCCCGCCUGGCAUCAUAGGCGUUAUAAUAUGGAAGACAUACUGUAGGGAGCACCGGAAAGUGUGGCCCUCCUUGGCCACCUCUCCAUCUCCAGCCCCUUGUCCUGACUCCCUGGAGCUUCAGUCCUGCAGCAACUUGGGACACCUGCUGAGAGGGGCUGACACAGAGGAGGCCACAGUCAGCAACUUUCUGGCUUGUGGGUUGGAGACAUCCUGCAGGGGAGGAGGAGGGAGAGGGAUAGAGAGAGGAAGGGAGGAGCCCAGGGACUGAGGUGAUGGUGCACGGGUGCAUUGGUGAAAGAAACUCUAUGGGGACUACACCUGAGGCGGGGGAGGCAAAUGUUGUUUAAAAAUGAACAAUGAUGUAAAAAAUAAAUUAAUAAAAAAAGGAAAACUGUUAGUGAACAAAUGUAAUUUGUAAAAUAAAAUUUACCUACAACUGUCAAAA